CGUGGUGGCGACAUCAAAUCAGUAGUUGCCACAUCGCGAAGUGGACUGGCACGUCUAGAGAUAUAUACAUUCGUGAUGUCCGCUCCGGCGGAAUCCACAAGAGUGGGCCUGGGAAAUGCGGCCAGUAUGGCGAAUCUGGCCAAGAUUGUCAAUCUCAUUGAAUCAAAUGUGAGGGCAGAGGAGGAGACGGAGGUGGGCGAAGAAACCGCAAAGGGAUCAAGCGGAACAGGAACCGGAACCGGAGGUGGCAGCAGCGUGCGCCUGGCCAGCAGCAGUGCUCCGCGGCGAAGUGCCUGUGCCACAUCGUAUGUGCCCAAGUCGCCGCAGGUGGAGGAGAUUGUGUUCGCCGAGCCCACGUGCACCGAGCGAUUUGCCCGAUACUUCGUGAUCGUCAUCUACCUGUGCGGCCUCUGCUGCCUGGGAUUCUUUCUGUCCAUCUACCACAUCUUCUUCUGGGACUCCCGCAUGCCGCCCGUCUACAAGGGCCAAAAGAAGGGACCUGCCUUUGGCUAACCGCGGGGAGUUAUCCGUUCACUCGAUUCACCAAAGUAAUUCCAACUAAGAGAAGCGUACUUUCAUAUUUGAUAAAAUUGUGAUACCCGAAAAAAUAGCCAUUCGCCUCCUGAACUCAUCGGAAGUGUCCGCGGAGCAGUUCUACAAGCACAUCCUCGAGCAGUACCGCAUCCUCAGCCACAUGCAGCAGCAACGCCAGCAGAUCCUGC